UUCCCCGUGGGCGAUCGGCCGCUGUCCAUCCGUCAUCAUCAGACGUUGCAAAAGUAACCAUGCGCAAUCUACACUAAAUUAGUCUGGUGGGCGGACACAAAGCGGCACAAGGGCUCCAUUUUACAAUUCACAAUUGCAUAUCUUGCCGUCCUUAAGAAGGCUCGUCUGCCUUCUUCCUCUCCGGCUUCUCCAAAACCAACAACAGUAAAGCAAUAGUAACACCACAUACAUUCAUCCGCCAUCAUCGUCAUGAAGUUCUCGCUCCUUGCCGCCCUUGGCAUAGUCUCUGCCGUCCAGGCACACAUGGAAAUGACCUUCCCCCCUCCCUUCCGCUCCAAGUACAACCAGUACACCACCGACAUCGACUACUCCAUGACAUCGCCGCUCGAGGCAUCCGGCGCAAACUUCCCCUGCAAGGGCUACCACUCGCUCUACGACACUCCCCAAGGCCGCGCCGUGGCCACCUGGAGCCCCGGCCAGACUGUCAACUUUACACUGACCGGCUCGGCAACGCACAACGGCGGCUCGUGCCAGGCGUCCUUCUCCUACGACAGAGGCAAGACCUGGACUGUUGUCCACUCCUACAUUGGCCAGUGUCCCUUGAAGAGCACCUGGAGCUUGACGCUGCCCAAUGAUACACCAGCCGGUGAUGCCCUCUUUGCUUGGUCCUGGUUCAACAACUUGGGCAACCGCGAGAUGUACAUGAACUGCGCACAUGUCGUUAUCAAGGGUGGUGUCACCAAUGAGGCUCGGGCACCAGCUGAGACGCUCCCCGGAAACAAUGGCAAUGCUGGCCAGACUGUGCCUCGCAGCCCAAGUGACCCGUACCGAUCUCGCCCUGCCAUGUUUGUCGCCAACGUCGGCAACGGCUGCGGCACCGUGGAGACGUAUGAUCUCGAUUUCCCGCAGCCCGGACCCGAUGUCGAUCGUGCUUCCAAGAAGACGCAGCCUCCUACGGGUACCUGCGCCAAAAAGCGAAGCGUGCUAUAUCGUGCCUAA